AUGUAUUAUGAUAGCAAAGCCAUUGCAUAUUAAAUACACAUUUAAAGCGAUUAAAUGCUAAUUAAAUAAUUAUACUAAACGUGUAUAUCAUAGCAAUUAAUUAGCCUAGUUCAUAAUCGCCAUUCAUAAUGAUUACGUAAAUGCAAACAAAAGUGUAUUAAAGAAAAUAAAAGUGAAAAUUGUGUUGUGUUUUGGUUUUUAGUGUCCAUUUGUUUACACCAUUUGUAUGACUCGUAAACACUAUACUAAUCAUAACCGCGAUUAGUAUCCACUCAGUGGUAAACACGUGACCACCACUCGCGAGGGGAACGGGAGGUAUCAGUGGAGAGACACCUAUACCCCUCCCCCCACACCACACACCCCCACCAUGUCGUUCAGCCCCCAGUCAUCCCAUUCCUCGUCAGCGACCACCACCACCAACGGUCGUAACCACGCGUAUAAUGGCAGCCAUGGCAGUGGUGGUAACGACUGGUCCAGUCAGUCAUCGGUGGGCUCAUCGUCAUCGGGAUCCCUGUCCCGGCCAGCGCUGGCAUCCCUGGCCUCCAUGACCUCCAUGGGCGCCGCCAAACAGGAUGUCAUCCAUUGUCACCAAUUCAAGGACGUGGUCGACCGCUACGAGCGUGGGUUGAGUUGGCUGUUGAGGGAGUUAUGGUUGGCAUACGGGCUCGUCGACCACAGCGACCACCACCCCACACCCGAUGCGGACGACUCCCUGUCCCAGCAGUACAUACUGUCGGUGAGCCAUAAGGACUCGUUGCGGCACCAGUUGUCGCACAUCCGGCAUAUGAGGGAUGAAUAUGAGACGCACCUACGGCUCAGGGAUGCGUUGACCAAAAUGAUGAAAAUCUCCAAAUCCAGGGAUUGUGAGAACGAGUGGAAAGAAAACUCAAGAGUUUUGGUGACAUUUGAGAGGCAGUUGGAGAAUAUGAUCGGGGUUUUCCACCUGAAGGUCGAGGAGAUUGAGGGCUGGGCGCGGAUAUGCCCGCGCGAUCAGUACGAGAUAGAGUUCCGGUACGGGAGGCAACGGCAUGUGGUACGGGUGCGCAUAGCCAAGGACGGGAGGCGCGAGUGGGAGCACCAGGAGUUCGCCCUAAAGGCCUCCCUAUUGGACUCGAUUAUAGUGAGGGUGCGCGAGGUUAAGGCCGGUUGGACGCGCCGGUACGUGACGUUAGGGGUGACCCACAUGGACAGCAAGGAUAUGAUGCGGGCCAGGGUGCAGGUGAUGAGCCUCAUGGCCAACAGCUCCGGUAGCCUGAAGCUGAAGGUGCGCACGAAGUGGACGCCCACUAUUAGCUCGUAUUUUAAUAAUAAUAAUAAUAAUAACAAUAAUAAUAGUUAUAAUAAUCAUAAUAAUAAUAAUUGCGAUACAAAUUCGGUGCCAUUCAUACUGAACGGGUCGACGCCAGGGGCACCGGGAGGCCCUGUAGUAGGAGUGGUGGACGCGAGGUCCGUGAGUCGCAUGAGCUCCAGGGACAGUACGGUGGAGUCGUUGGGGCAGUUGAUGGCGGCGCUGGAGGACUUCCAGGGCCAGUACGAGGAGUUGUCGCCUAUGGUGACGGCGGUGAACAGGUUGUGGAGGAUAUACGGGCGCCGGGACUCUGUCGGAUCGGAGGCGCCGCCGACACCGGCGCCCGAUUUUGACGGGUCCGACGGUGAGGAUAUCGACGCCGCGUUGGCUGAGUUCCAGUUCCUCGACGAUGGCGAUGACCAAAAUAAUUCUGUGAUAUCGGGAACGGCGUCCGUGUCGUCCGCCAGCAGCCCGACCCCCAUAUCGAGUCAAUGGGAGGCCUGUGUGCUGACCCACACCCGGGACGCCAUCAUACAGUUGAGUCAUUGCGGCCAAUGGGUGCUGAAGGCCCGGGAAAAGGACGCCCUGAGACGGCUCCGGGACGACGCCUUCGCGCUCCAGGAGUUGGCCAAACACUACGGCGCCAACACGUGCGACGAGUUCAUGGGCGCCGACACCCGCGCGCGCGAUCUGUGGGGGUAUCUCACGGCGGGCGCCAAGAGGGACACAAUUGUGAUGGACUGGAGGGCGUGCGCCGAUGGGCUCAACCUACUGAUGCAUCGGCACGACUCGGGGGACGAUAUUAUUGGGGACGGGAGUCAGUGGUUGACCGCAAAGGUGUCUGAAUGCGAUUACGUGACGGUAUUGCAUGUCAGGGCGUUUUGGCAGCGUUUUGAAGCGUCGGUAGCCAUUGAUGAUGUGCUGAAAGUGGCGCUGGAUGUGAGUCGCGUGAUCCGGGUGAAGGAGGUGCCCGUGUUUGAGAGCCUACUGUCCAGGUUUAUAGCCCGUGAGUGGUGCCCGCAUGAGGUCACGUGGGCGGCGGUCAGGGCUAUGAUUGCCAGUGCGGGUGAGCCGCAGAUGGCCUCCAUUGCCAGGCAGUGGCUCAAGAUUAUGACCGAUGAUAACGAGCCCGAAAUUUUGUCGCACCUAUUGUCGGGACUGGAGUCCAAUUCGUUGACCACCCGUCGCGCCUCCUGUAACGCCUUGGCCUACAUCCGGGCCCAUACAGCCAUUGAUGAGCUCCUGUACGUGUCGACCGAGGAUACCGACCCCCGAGUGCGAGAGGAGGCCCGCAAAGCCCUGUCGGCCUUCGGCGGUGAGGCCGAGCAGCGGUGGCACCAGUGCUCACUCACUCAGAUGGGGUUCACAGGGCUGUCCAUUAGCAGCGCUACCGGUGCUGAUAUGGGCGGCAAGAGUUGGCACAAACUGUCCAAUAAUAACAUCAAUAGUAAUGUUAACUAUUGAUAGAAAAGUGCAAUAUUUUUGUGAUUCAAAUGCGGUUUUGAGCCGUAGUUUGGACUCACUUUUCAUUUAAUUAUCACUCAUUUUAUUGUAUUUUUAUUUAUAAUAAUUUUUUUGUCACAUUUAUUGCAUUUUUUUCGUACGUUU